GUUUACCUGUCUGAGGAGUCAAUCUUUGAUUUUGGAAGGCAAUGUUUACAGUUGCGUUUGAUUUGAAUUUUGAUAAUUUUUGUUAUAUUUCUAAUAUAAUAUAGAUGGACGAGUUACGAGGACCUAAUAUUCAAAUCGUCUUACAUGUCAAAGAAGGCCUUGGAUUUGGUUUUUUACGUCUUCCCUUUAUUGUAAGUGGGUCCCUAAAUGGAUAUAUGUUAGAAACUGACCCUGUGGUACCGUCACACGCUCCUAUUUUCGACGCCGAACUAGUUUGGGAAGCAGAUAAAAGAAGGUUUCGGAGUCUUCGAGUUCAGAAUGUGCCAGUUAAAGUGGAAGUUCAUACAAUGGCCACACAAGGGAGAAAGGAUAAAGUUGGAUAUCUCCUGCUCAGCCUGCUCGGAGCUCAACCUUGUCCAUCAAACAAGAUUGUUGAGGUGAAACACUCCUGGCACAGACUCCUUGGUGUUAAGUCUGAAGGCAAGUGCUGCCAUCCACAGCUGCUGAUGAGUCUGUCUAUAGAAGACAGAGUUAACACACCAACUCCUAGGAAUGAAUUGCGCAUGUUCCACAGUAAUGAGAUCGCUUAUCCUGCUGCAAAUGCGGCAUCUAACCCGCCCACAGCGAAGUCCAUGCUGAUGACAUUGAAGGAAUACCAGUUAGAAAGUAAGAAGACUGUGUCGACCCCCGACUUGCAGCCAAAACUGUUGUGUGACGAGGGUCUCAUACAGAUCGGGCACGGGAAGCAGCUGUUCGUGCUCAGCUUCGUUAUAGGCGCCGUCGAGAACUUAGACUUGUUGCUGCCAGUCGGGUCACAAAAAGAGGUGGACUGCUACAUCACUUACUCGGUGUUCACACAUAACAUUAUGACGGAUAGAGCUCUCAGCCGCUGGUCGGGCGCGUCGUGCAGCGUGUGGUUCACGCAGCGCAGCCUGCUGCGGCUGCGCGCGAGCCUGCCCUCACUCGGACGGUACUUCGCAGAGUGCCCGCAUCUCGUCAUCACGCUGUGGGCCGAUGAGAAGGAGAUUGGUCUGUGCAGCAUGGACCUCCGCAAGCUAGUCCCCACGGAGGACGCGCGCCACUUCGUGGACAAGUUCUGUAACGCGGAGGGCGCGCUCACCAUACACGAGCGCUGCUUCAUGCUGCGCUGUGACGACCCCGGCGUGACGUCAGCCAGGAGGCCCUAUGUGGACGUCGAGAUGACUCUCAAGUAUGUCGGAGUGCAGAAUGAUGUGCAGAAGCCGAAGAUCCUGUCAGCCCGCAGCGCGACGCACCUGUCUGGCGGCCGUCGCGAGGCGGUCCCGCAGGAACACAUGCUGGAGGUCCGCAGCGGCAGCUGCAUUAACAUACACCAGGACCUCGGCGGGGUCGCAUACACCAACAUGGCGGCCAGGAACACGGCUAGAUACAAAACAGCCUCAGGCGACACGGUCCUACAGAGCAACGACUUAGCCGACCUUAUAAAGAAGAUGUGCGAGUCGUUCACUCAGAGCCAGGAGCAGCUGUUGGCCCGCAGCCGGCCCGUGACCGCCGACAUGCAGGUGCAGUGCGAGCCCAGAGAACAGGAACAGGCUGCUGAUGUAGCCAAGGAGACUGUACAGAGCGAACCUGUUAAAGCAAACCAGGAAACAACAAGUCCAAGUGACCCUUGUAUCACGAAUAAUGAAAAAGAAAUGGCUAAAUUAGCCAUCUCGAGCAUAGACCGUGACUGCCUGAUGCAGAAGUUUGUGGAUGAGCUCGAAGACUGGAAGGAGAAACAACAGGAGCUCUUUAAAUGUCAAUUGAAACGUAAAGAGGAGUAUCACCUGGACCUCCUAGCUAAGGAGUGGGCUAAGAAGCAGGUUGAGUUGGAGUGUAAGCUCAGUAAGGGUAUCGAGCAGUGUCGCAACCUCGCCACGGACCUCAGCCGCGCUACAGAGGACUUCAGGCUCAGGGGCUAUCGUAAUACUGAGAGAGAGAAAAAGCUGUUAGAUGCAAAGAAAGGUUUAGAAUCGCACUACACGGCGAAGUACCAGGAGUUGAGAGAAGCCUCCCAGAAGAUGGAGGACGACAUGAACCACCAGCUCAAGCUCAAGGACAUGCGGGUUGAGGAGCUGGAGCUCAAGGUGCAGCAGCUGGAGAAACAGGUUGAUGUGCUCAAGAACAACGCAAAGAACACGGAAAAGGAAGCUGAAAACAAAUAUUCUGGACUAACAAAGGAUCAAACUGCCAGUCUUAUACAGGAAUUGCGUUACUUAGAAGAGAAGUUGGACGGCGCGGUGAAGUCGAAGGCGUUCUUCAAGGAGCAGUGGGGCCGCGCCGUGAGGGAGCUGCACCUGCUGAAGCUGCACACGCGCAAGCUCAUGCUCACGCAGCUGCGCCAGGACAGGAAGCAGCUCGGGGACCUGGGAUUGGACCCAAUAGAAGAUCAGGAUGAAAAUGAACUGAAUCAGAAUCCUGUUGAUUUGAAAAAGCUAAAAGAUGAUUUCUAUGUGGACAUACUCGCGAACUCUCCUGCAAUUGACACACAAUCCAUGAUUAAUGCGGCUGGCAAUGAUGAAUUAGAAAUGUUUAAUGAAUUAAAAAAUGUACCAAAGAAUCCAAUGAACGAGAGAAUCAACGAACUAAUUGCUCAAAGGGACAGACUCGUACAACAAGACAACCCGGACGAAGACUUGCUCAAACAACUCAACCACGAGAUACGGAGCUUGUUGCUCAACUGUGGGACAUGACGUCAUAGGUCAUGCCAAUCUAUAGUCAAAUGUAGUACAGUGGGAUAGAAUUGUGGGGUUAGAAGAUAACAAAUACUUUUAUAACAAAAUAACGGUCAUCAUAUCAAUAAUCUAUCUUUUGAUACAUUUGACCAAUAGAGAUAGAAUUAUGACAGAUUUUGAAUGUAGAUUACGUUACAUUCGUAUCUCCUGCCAACCAUUAUAUAGUCUCUUACUCAGCAGAGAAAAAAAAGUAAAAUAAGUUAGGUUAUUGAGGUGCACUCUCAGAGCAAGUGUUUCUCAUCAUUAAAGCUUAAUAUUGCAGACGUUACGGAUAGGUGGUUACUGGUUACAGUCAAAGUCACAGCAACCUUUGAUCUGUCGCUUUUGCUGUGUCAAAGGCUAAAGUUACUGCUGUUGGCAUUAUACCGCUAGUGUCCGCUAGUGUAUAUGAGCACCGAGAACGCCUACCUAAAAUGGAACCUGUUACUGCCUGUUCUUUUCAAUCAUUUAUCAGGAAGAGACAUACUAAAUUGGACAGUUCAAGGUCACUGAAAUUGGAGAUAUCUAAAAUACGUUACAUACAUCUGAGGGUUUAAAAUGACUUUGAUUACCUAAAAAAAAUGGGUGAUUAAUUUGACAUAAAGGUGCUGUUCAAACUUCACCACUGUACGCAAAUGAAUAUUGACCUGAUGCAGUGUCUCAUUUAGUUAAAUUAAAAUCAGUACAUGAUUAGAGAUUAUUAUUUAUCAAUGGAUCAUGUUCCUAGGACUUGUGGUAUUGUUAACGCAUUUGUUUAUACGUUUUAUGACUCGCAAUGUUGUAAGUUAGAUAAAUAUUUUAUUAAUAAAUGAAGUCAAUGACUAA